GAGUGAGUUCCGAGUUGUAAACUGUGUCUCCGAGUCAGACAGGGCUGAGUUGAUCGCACUUGCAGAGGCCAGCCGUCGUAUGAAGCUCUGAACUUCCUCAACUUGACAAAGCCCUGGUGAGAGCUGUUUUACCUUCAAUAUAGUGAACCCCUCCUCCUGCUUGGUGGCUAAGAAAACACAGGAAGACGAAUAGGAAACUUUGAAUUUUUCUUUCUGAAGAAAAAGAAAGGAAAAAACUCUCAUCAACUAACCUAAGCCAAGAUUGUGUUAGACCUAGCUGAAACAGAGAAGUGGUAGAGAGCACUGCUGCAUCCAUGGCUGCAAUGAAGACUAGGAUGAGUAGCUUCUCUCGCAACACAUCAGUUGCCCCUGCCCCUCAGGCCCCGGGACUCAAGAGUGGACCCAAUGGCACAAUCUUUCUCUCAUCUGGAAUACCAGACCUUGACAAGAUUUUAGGUGGUGGGUUCCCUCUUGGAAGCCUUGUCAUGGUGAUGGAAGACACAGAAGCGCCUCAUCAUAUGCUUUUGUUGAGGAAUUUCAUGUCACAAGGACUGGUUCACAACCAACCCCUUCUCUAUGCCAGUCCAUCAAAAGACCCAAGAGCUUUUUUGGGUACUUUGCCUAGCCCAGUAUUAUCUAAAGAUGAUAGAUCUCAUAACCGUGAUCCUGAACAGUUGCAGGAGAAGGGAUUGAGGAUUGCUUGGCAGUACAAGAAGUAUUUUGGUGAACAUCAGCCAAAUUUUGAUAGUCAUAGAGAUACCAAGCAUGAGUACUGCAAUGACUUUGACUUGCGAAAGCCCUUGGAGAGACACUUUCUCACUGCACAGAACAUAUGUUGUCUCAGCAUUCAAGAUCCUCCAAACCUUGCUGCUUUUAGAGACUGUUGUGCCAAAUUUUUGGCUCAAUUUUCAAGAAACAACAGUAGCAUUUCAUGUGCUGGUCGUGUUGCCAUUCAAUCUUUCUGUGCUCCCCAAUGUGAAUAUUCUAACAUGGAAUGGGAUAUGCUUUCCUUUAUCAGAUCUCUGAAAGGCAUGAUAAGAGAUUCGAAUGCAGUUGCUGUCAUAACUUUUCCACCUUCCCUUCUAUCACCUUCUUCUUCCAAGAGGUGGCAACAUAUAGCUGAUACGUUGCUUUCUGUUAAAGCAAUCCCUGAUGAGGACAAGGAGUUGGCAAAUCUUCUCACUGGUUACCAGGAUAUGGUUGGGCUUCUCAAUGUACAUAAAGUGGCAAAUGUUAAUACACAGGUUCCUGUAAUCCUAGAGGCUACUACAUUCUCGAUAAAGUUACAAAAGAGGAGGUAUUUGGUUUUAGAAUGUCUAAAUCAAGCCCCUGUUGAUGGUUCAAGUGGAAGUUCAUAUGCCUCUACUGGUAGCUGUUCUGGGUCCACCAAGACAGGAACCCUUGACUUUUAGUCCCUAACUUGAUCCCUGAAAGAGAAUCACUGCCUUCAGCUCAUUAGAGUUAAGGUGUGGAACUGGCUUUGAAUGCAAGAAACAGUUUUCAUCUUUAAUGCAGGGUCCUUAAAUCUUUGAAUCAUCAAUUAGCCUUGUGUAUCUUCUGAAAUGCAGGGGAUGCUCACUUGGCUCAAAAGGAAAGCACUAAUUAUUUAUGAAGUUCAAGAAAAAUAUUUUUUUGGCUGGUGGAAGGCAGCUGAUGUGAUAUUAUGGAGGAAAUUUGAAGACUUAUUGUUUCUUUCUUUCUUUUUUUUUUUUUUUUUCCCAUUUCAUUGAUAUUGUAUUUUGGUAUGAAAAACAUGGAUAGUAGGGAUGAAACGCUGCUGGAAUCUGAGGGAACUCCUCCAAGUUGUAAGAUAGUUUAGAAAUAUAAAUUUGAGCAUUUAUGCAUAGAAAUAUUCUUCUAUUGUUGCUAUAAAUAAAAAGUACAAUGACGACUGCUGCAAUUGAUGAGUGGUAUUUUCUA